ACGACCUUCAGGACUUGUUCUACCACACACGUGUUAGGAAAGGCAGGUGAAUAUACUGACUGAUGGCAGGGAUAUCGGGCGCAGACAACAAUCAGCAGUCAGAUCAUGACAGUGGUCAGAAAGGAACAGAAAGCAAGGACAUGAUCGACCAGGAAGCGCCUCGAAUGAACGGCCACGUUCCUGUUGUGACGAAUGGGGUUGCGGACACAGCUUCGGAGAAGAGCUCCUCGGGGUCUAGCACACCCACCAGCUCCAAGGAUGGAGAGAAGACUGAAGAAAACGAGAAAGAAAAGACAAAUGGAGAAGUGAAGGAAGGAGAGAUCAAAGAAGGAGAAACAAAAAAUGAUCAAGAAAUCGUUCUAAUUCAGGAUACCGGCUUUACUGUGAGCAUUACGGGACCGGGCGUUGAGUCAUUCGAGUUGCCGGUGAGCUCGAUGGAGCUGGUCCAGGAGAUCCACCAGGUGUUGAUGGACCGCGAGGACACAUGUCACCGCACGUGCUUCUCCAUACAGCUCGACGGACUCACCCUCGACAACUUUGCCGAACUGAAGAGUAUCGAGGGUCUUAAAGAAGGUUCACAGAUCAAAGUUAUUGAAGAGCCGUACACAGUGCGAGAGGCCAGAAUCCAUGUGCGUCAUGUCAGGGAUCUGCUCAAGUCAGUCGACCCGGGGGAUGCCUACAACGGCUUUGACUGCAACUCUCUCUCCUUCCUCAACGUCGUCACAGCAGGAGACAUCCUAGAAAAGAAGCGUCAGCCCCCCACGUCCCUGGACUGCACCCCCCCAGACUACAUCAUGCCCAACAGCAAGGACCGACCCCUCAUCCCGCUGCACCCCGGCAUCAAGGAACAGAGGGGCCCCCAGUGCAUCAAGGUACUCACCUACAGUGGAUGGAACCCGCCUCCGGGGAAUCGACGGAUGCAUGGUGAUCUGCUCUACUUGUAUGUGGUGACCUUGGAGGAGAAGAAAUAUCACAUCACAGCCUCAACCCGGGGCUUCUUCCUCAACCAAUCCACCGAGGAUGACUUCAACCCGAAAGCUGCCCAGCCUAAAUAUCUCUCCCACUCUCUCAUCGAUCUUCUCAACCAGAUUAGUCCUGGCUUCAAGAAGAACUUCUCAUUGCUGCUGAAGAAGAGAGCCCAGAAACACCCGUUUGAGCGGGUGCCAACUCCGUAUCAGGUCUACAGCUGGAUGGCUCCCCAGCCCCUGCACCACAUCGACUACAUCCGUGCCGAGGACGCCUUCUCCACUCGUCUGGGGUACGAGGAACACAUCCCUGGCCAAACCCGGGACUGGAACGAGGAGAUACAGACCACCAGGGAGCUGUCCCGGAAGAAUCUGCCGGAGAGACUCAUCCGGGAGAGAGCCAUCUUCAAGGUUCACAGUGACUUUGUCGCAGCUGCUACUCGGGGCGCAAUGGCCGUCAUCGAUGGAAAUGUCAUGGCCAUCAACCCAGGAGAGGAGGCAAAGAUGCAGAUGUUCAUCUGGAACAACAUUUUCUUCAGUCUGGGUUUUGAUGUCAAGGACCACUACAAGGACUUCGGGGGCGACGCUGCUGCCUAUGCAGCUCCUGGCAGUGACCUGCAGGGGGUGAAGGCGUACUUCGGCAUCGACCCCGAGAGUCUGUACACGCUGGGCACGGUGGUGAUCGACUACAAGGGCUACCGCGUCACGGCGCAGUCCAUCAUUCCGGGGAUCCUGGAGCGGGAACAGGAACAAUCCGUCGUGUAUGGCUCCGUCGACUUCGGCAAAACGGUCGUCACAAGUGAAAAAUACAGGGAGCUGUUGCAAAAGACAGCAACUCAACUCAAAGUCCGCCCUCACAAGGUGCUCAACAACAAGGAAGAAGAAAUCGAGUUGUUUUCCUCCAUAGAGUGCAAGGGCAUUGUGGGUAAUGACCAGCGGCACUACGUGCUGGACCUCCUGCGAACCUUUCCUCCCGAUGCCAACUUCCUGCCAGUUGAGGAGUUGAGCAAGGACAUGAAGGACCAUGGUUACCCCCGGGAUCAUCGGCACAAGUUGGCCUGUCUCAGACAGGAGCUCAUCGAGGCCUUCGUGGAAAACAGAUACGUGGCGUUUGUCCGACAUGCAGCGUUCCAGUUUCAACAGCUGCAGCUGCUCAAACAGAACAAGGUCAAGGACACGGACAACAAGGUCAAGGAUGCAGACAGCAAGGUCAAGGAUGCAGACAGCAAGGUCAAGGACACAGACAACAAAGAGAUUGAGAAGGAGGCUGAGAAGGCAGUGGUACACAUCAAGUCCCCUGAGAAGUUGGUGAAUGGUGGCAGUGGCGACGAAACAGUACAGACAGCGCAGGCGCAGCUGGAGAAUGACAUCGCCACGGAGGAAGCCAAGAAGAUCGUUGAGACCCUGACAGGGACAGACAGUCAGACAUUUGAGGAGAACACAAAGGAUAUUGUGAAGAAGGCGGGUAAAGCGGUGGGCUCUCUCAGCGACACCGAGUUUAACAUGACCUUCAACCCAGACGUGUUCCAGCCUCAUGUUCAACACGCAGACCCAGAGAGCGAGACGUUGAAGAGAGAGAAGCAGUUAGUGAAGGAUGCAGCCGAGUUCCUCGUUUUACACCAAAUACCAACACUCAUCAAUGACUGUCUUGACCACACCUCUUCCCCCAUCGAUGGCCUUACUCUCACGGAGGCCAUGCAUAACAGGGGUAUCAAUAUGCGGUACCUUGGCAAGGUUGCUGAGAUGUUCUCCAAAUACUCGUCUGUUUCUUAUGUAUAUAGUAUAGCCGUGGGUGAGCUGAUUAACCGCGCCAUCAAGCACCUGUUCAAGACGUACAUGCAGGGCGUGGACAUGAUGAGUCUGUCGGCCGCCAUCAGUCACUUCCUCAACUGCUACCUGGGAUCUUACUCCACCCCCCACGCUCAGGUCACCCCCGAGGAGCUUCAGAGCAAAACUGCCAAGAGGAAAAGCAAGAAGAAGAACAAACAGAGCACAGUAUUCAGUAUUGACAACACAGAGUGGCUGUCGGAGACGCCAAAAACCCUGUGGAAGAAGAUUGUUGAUGAAGUUGAUGAAUAUUAUGGCUACGCUUUGGAAUGUGAUUCCGUGGAGUCUGCUACGGAGAAGUACAACCUCAAUCGAGCCGCGCUGUUGCGGAUGUUGUGUCGCACGUGCGGCGUGCAGAUCCUGCUGAGAGAGUACCACCUCGAUUCCCGCAACAAACAGAUCUUCUAUGAGGACGACAUCAUCAACGCUUUCCCUAUCGUCAAACAUUUACAUCCCAAGGCCACAGACGCCUACCACUUCUUCACGAGCGGCCAGAACAAGAUCCAGCAGGGCUUGUUGCGUGAAGGGUACGAGCUGAUCAGCGAGGCCCUCAACCUCCUCAACAAUGUAUACGGGGCCAUGCACCCUGAGAUUGCCGCCUGUCUUCGCCUCCUGGCGCGACUCAACUACAUCAUGGGCGAGUACGGAGAGGCGCUGUCAUUCCAACAGAGAGCUGUGCUGAUGAGUGAGAGGGUGCUGGGGAUUGAUCACCCAAACACCAUCACAGAAUAUGCACACUUGGCCCUCUACUGCUUCGCCAACAACCAGGUGUCGAGCGCACUGAAGCUGAUGUACCGGGCCCGCUACCUGGCGCUGCUCUGUUACGGCGAGGAUCAUCCCGAAGUCGCCCUCAUUGACAGUAACAUAGGUCUGAUCCUACACGCGGUCGAGGAGUACGAGUUGUCCCUCCGCUUCCUGGAGCAGGCGUUGCAGCUUAAUACAAAGUAUUUUGGUGUGAAGAGUUUGAAAGUGGCAAUGAGCUAUCACCUGGUGGCCCGCACUCACUCAUGUCGCGGAGACUUCCGGGCCGCACUGCUCAGUGAGAAGGAGGCCUUCGCUAUCUACAGGCAGACGCUUGGCGAGGAGCAUGAGCGGACGAAGGAGUCGUCGGAGUGCUUGAAGCACCUCACACAGCAGGCGGUCGUGUUCCAGAAGAAGAUGAACGAGAUCUACAAGGGGGAGAAGAGCAUCACAUUCCCGCCGAUACAGAUCCAGACACCCUCGCUCUCUAGCGUCCUCGACACCCUCAACGUCAUCAAUGGCAUCGUCUUCGUCCAGAUCAGUCAUGACGACAUCGAGAAGUUCAAGCAAGAGAUGACCAAGAGGACGACUGAUCAAAAAGAGCUUCCAGAAGUUACUGCAAGUGGUGACGCUAAGCUAUCAAACUCGGACAAUGCCAGCCUACCAAACACAAGCGCCAUUGAAGGCGCCCCUUCAUCUCAGGACUGUGCUGGUGAUAACAAACUAUCCCAUGAGCCUGCUCAACUAGUCAAUGGAGAUGUGAAGCUCCAGGAUCCCCUUCCCGAAGUUACAGUGACAGAAGGGCGAUAAAUUGGGAAACUGUGCUGAAUAUAGUAUAUGUGAACACUUUCAAGGGAGACAACUCAAGGCAGCAAUGUCAAUGGAUGUAAUUGAAUAGACAAGAUAUAGAAGGUGUAGCUGUGUGUAGCGUGAGAGUUGAAUGUACGACCUUAACAAGCUGUGGGUUGUCUCCCUUUGUAUAUAUUACGGAGCCCGACAGGGCAUUGCAUAUCAUGUGCAUAUGCAAGUAGCAGACGCACCAGUCUUCCGUCGUCGUCCAUUCACCUGCAUAUGUGAUUGUCUUUCACUCAAAUCACCAUUCAUGUUGUCUGUGGACCUUCGACCUGCGAUGUAGGUCGUGCAUUUAGCUGUCGGGUUCGGAGCAAGUAGGAGUUGACUGAAACAAGCUGUGCGUUGGUUCAAUGUGCCUCCAUUGCUCGGUUUGCUGCUUGUGGAAUCCCAAUGGCUGGUCAUAAGGAUGAUUCUUCAGCCAUGUCGAACAGGCCAUCUUCAGCCAUGUCCAACAUGGCUCCAUUGACAAGUCUGGAAGCUGUCAGUGUGCAGAAUUGUAAUUCAUGGAGAAGGAAAGGCAUGGAGAGUCUGAGGUCUUUGUUCCCGAAAGAUAAGCAGCUGAUAAAUAGUGCAUUUAUAGAUUGUUUGUCGUAGACGUAUCGUGAAGGAAAUGCUGCCUUGUUUUGAUGCUACUGCUAGUUUUUUCUGUGUUACCAAUAUGCCUCCUAUCAAAUCCAAAGUGUGAUAAUUUUACUGAGAAUUUAUUUGUUUUGUUUGAACAAGAUGUCAAAGUAGAUAAAUUUAUUUGUUGUAUGGAUGAACGUGAAUGUAGAUAUGACUGUGUCCAUCUUCAAGUAACCAGAGUAUUAUAUCCCCAUUCUAUUAAAUACACUUGACCAGAAAGACCACCAUAGUUUCAUUGUGAGCCUAGUUCUAAUGGCACAGCGCUCAAAUUAGCUGUUGGGGCCGAGAGAAAUUCUGUGCUUAGGUAGAGAGAGAUGACGAAUCUUUGGUGCUUAUUGAGCCCAGUGUAUAUAUCAUAUAAAAAUGGACAACACACCGGGAAGUCGAGGAUGUGUUGAGUGGAACUGAUGUGUAUCCAGAGCUAGUUUUUGUUGGUCAAUAAUCUGUUGUGUGACAAGAUUAAGUUUGAAUCAAAUCAUGUACAGGAAAAUUAAGUUGCUGUUCUCUGUGAGAAACUGUUGACUAUGCAGGCCGAUAUUGCCUUCAUGGUGGAGUCUUUGCCCCAUCCUCCUUUAUCCAGGGUAUAAUAUCUCCACCCCACUUUGUGAAUACCCUGCUCACUGGUGUUACCAUUAUGUCAUUUUGAGCAUGAGUCGAACGCUAGAAAUAGUCAUCCAAUAACGUUAUUCUCACAAGAUAAUUCUGUGCUGAAAGAGAGAGAUGGACCGGGGGUGUCACUUCCACAACCAAGCUGUUGUUGUGAUGGGUUCAGGGUUUUAGCAUAAUAGAAUGGAGAUAUUAUACCCAGGAUGAUCGAGGAUGUUGGUCCUCUGACUUUGUUACUGAAAUCUUCAUGCAUAAACACAGUUACCUGAUGGCUGGAGGAUACGAGAGUUAUUCCACACGUGAUGGGUAGCGUAAUAAGGGAUAACUCCAUGUGCCAAAUAGAUGAAUUAUUCAACAUUGUUCUAUGUGGUAAUCAGUGAUCUGAUAUGCUAAUGAUAUGGUAAGCUGGAAUAACUGUACCAAGUUGUAGUUUAAAUUGAUGAUUUCACGGGCCAUUUCUAUGAUGAGUUGUACACCAUUGAUUGGUCGGUGCUGGAGAUACUCGUCUUAGAGCAUUUGGUUGAUAUGUAGUUUAAACCAUUCCACUAAUUCUACAAAUAGCAUUCCUUUACCUGUAGAUGUUCUUUGGAAAUUGUUAAAGUUAUUUUGUUAGUGUACCUGACAGUUGUCUGUUUUUUUUAGAAAUGUUGAAGAUCUGUUUUACUUUUCAUUAAUUGCAUAUUUGAUACACAGGACCAUUUGUAUAAAAGAUACAAGAGAUUCAACAUUACAUUUGUGUAUGCUAUAUUCUUACUCAAGACAUGAUUUUUAGAAAACAGAAGUGUUAAGAGGUUUUGUAUCUUGUGUAGAUGUGAAUAACAAGCAGAACUUUUCAGGUACAUAAAACCAUCAUGGUUACAUAACUGAAGGUUCCACAUAAAUUUGUGCAUUUCUCUUGGGAAGUAUGCUUUGGAAAAUAAGUAAAGGACCACCCAUUUCUUUCAUAUUACAAUAGUAAGUGCUUAGCUUUCUUUUAGAAUAUAUGAAGUGAAUUUGACUGUAUUGUAAAAAGCAAUGACUCCGUCUCAGAAUUUGAUGAUACUGGUCAAUAAAAUGUUUGAUAGGCAUUACAUGGAAGUUGACGGAUGACAAGGUAGACACAAUUUUAUGGAUAACAACUUCUUUACUACUGUAAAAAGCUUUUUACAGUAUGAAAGAAGUUAUUAUCCAUAAAAUUGUGUCUACGUUGUUACUGGUCAAUAGGUGUCUUACGAAGCCCCAAGACAUUGGUCAGUAUUGGUGACCAGGUUAACAACUCGGAGACAUGGUCGAUAUAUCGCAGAGUGGGUUAGCACUGUCGUGACACGAGAUCGCAUUUAUUAACAAAACCCAAACAUGAAUCAAACCUUGACUGCCAAGUGCAUGCAUGUGUCGUUGUCGUUGUGUGUUAUGUAGAGAUGAAGUUCUCAAGUUAUGCAUGCUCAAGACUACGAGUGUUAGUGUUGUGAAGUCGUACAUUAGCCGUUGAGUACUAGAAUAGCAACAUUCCAGUAGAUCCAGUACUUAUCAGCACAGAUCUACAUGUCCUUUUGGGCAAUCACUGUAGCACUUCGACUAUCGCACUCCGAAGUGGACAACAGCCAUCUGUGCUACGACCAUUGCACUCCGAUGUGGACAACACCGGUCGUAGCUAUGACUCUCGCUCUCCGAUGUGGGCAACACCAGUCGUAGCUACGACUCUCACACUCCAAUGUGGACAACACCUGUCGUAGCUACGAUUGAUUCGUACAGUUGGUUGUUCAUGGGUGAGAUGCGCUACAUGCAGUGAAACCUUGUCAGCUCCAUGUGUGAGAACAUGUGACAGUUUCAUUCUACUCUCUGACAAAAUCAUGGCCAUGUAGGCUAAGUUUCUGCAGUUCGAAUCAGCAGGUCCUGGGUUCAAGGCCCGGUACGGCCUAAUAAUGAUCCCAGGCCUGUCGGCCAUGAUGCCUCAAGGGUUUUGUUGAAGUUGUGAAGUCUGCAUGCUGUGGCCAUUUGGGUUCUCAUCCCACCUGAGGGAGGAAAGUGUUUAAGUCGUUACUGAACUCAACUCAUAGCAUAAUUUAUGUUGAUGUUCUCAACAUGGAGGGAGGGAGGUUUCUCUGUACCAUGUAAAGGAUGUGAUUACGAUAAAUCGUUAGGUACUGUGAUAGUUCGUCAGUGCUAGUCUGAGAUUUGUGAAUGGAACUAAUCAAAUAUUGUGGACUACGUAGCAGUUGUCUUGAAAUAACUUGAUAAUUUAUUUUGUGUCUUAUUCUGUAUGAGAGUUGUGAUGAUUCACUGAUGCAUCAAUAUGUCACUUAUUGACACCUGCCGUAAAAGGCGACUAUGCUUGUCGUAAGAGGCAACUAACGGGAUCGGGUGGUCAGGCUCGCUGACUUGGUUGAUGCAUGUCAUUGAUCCCAGUUGCGUGGAUUGAUGCUAAUGAUAUUAAUCACUGGAUUGUCUGGUCCAGACUCGAUUAUUUACAGACCGCCGUCAUAUAUAAUCAAGUCUGGACCAGACAAUCCAGUUAUUGACAUCAUGAGCAUAGAUCCACGCAAUAAGGAUACAAUGGCAUACAUCAACCAUGUCAGUGAACCUGACCUGACCAUCCGAUCCCGUUAGUUGCCUCUCAUGACAAGCAUAGUCGCCUCUUUGGGCAAGCAUGGGUUGCUGAAGACCUAUUCUCUACCCAGAUCUUCAUGGCGUAUGCAUAUGAAACUAUAUCAGGAAUCAGGACAGCUCAAGGUCGUUAUUUUAGCCAUCAGUAUUUGUUGGUUGUCACUAUGAAUUUGUCAAUGUAGAUGAUUGUGUGUAAUCUGAAGUAUUUACGUUAUUUACAAAAUGUUAGAUUUUUAGAGGGUUUAUGUUUUUGAGAGUCUCAGAGAUAUACAUAUAUAUGAAUUUGCUUGUAUCGUAUGCAUGGGUGUGCGUGUGGCAUGACCAGCUGUAGCACUGAUGUCUCGACUCCAUGUACGUACAAGGUGACUGUCAGUAGGUAAACAUGGCUUCGAUUCACUGAAGCUUCCAUAUUUUGUUCCCACAAUGUUGUACUGAAGAUCCAUUGAUAUUAACUGAAAUUUAAAUAUGACCGAUCAAGAUAAAUGGAUAAAAAUCUUUGUAAAAUUCUAUUUGCUGAUGCACGGUCGGGUAGCCUAGUGGUUAAAGCGUUCGCUCGUCACACCAAAGACCCAGGUUCGUAUCCCGACAUGGGUACAAUGUGUGAUAUUGCUGGAAUAUUGCUAAAAGCGGCCUAAAAACACAUUCAUUUAUUCCUGGGUUACGUUGUGGGUGUACCUGCUGGCUUUAAGAAUAAUUCUAAUCUCGUCCAGACCUUUCUUUACAGAGUAUAAUCUGGUGUAAACACCUUAGUACAAACUAGACUGAAUAUUUCAGUGUAUUGCUUGUAAUGCUUCAUUGUUCUUGAAGAAUUAUUUUAUUUCUAACCACCUGUGUACCACUUAUUGUGGCCUACUGUACGUUGUUUCCAUGGUGAUUUUGUCUGUUAUUGGAUGGUUGCCAUAGUAACAGGAUAGAAUGUUUUUCAUUGUGAUGUUACAAAGCUGCAGAAUGUUUGACAAACGAGUGCAUAGACAAUCCUAACAGAUUAUAUUAUGGAGAAAUUACUGAUGUAUACAUGAAUAUGAUAAAUUACUGCAUUUUUUCAAGGAAGGAUAUUCUGCAUUUUAUGUGUGAUCUUGUGAUCUGCCUGAUCUUGUCCAUGUUCUCCUUUGACAAACGAUAUCAACAUAACUAAUUAAGCUGAAGCUUUUGUGAUAAUUAUUUACACAUAGUAGUAAUAGUCCUCUGAGAUUUCUUGGUUAUUCUUGCCGUGUAGAUGAAUAUUUAGCUGAACUUUCAGCUGAUCUUCACCAUUGGCUGUAGUGUUUGUGUAUUCUUGCACGCCAUCUCCAGAUUGUGUACCACAAAACUUGAUGUUGUAAAAACACUUCAUAUUCAACCAGUCAUGGUUCCCCAUUUACAUUGUAAAUUAAACAUGCUGCUCUUCUCAGACAUUAUUUAAACAUAAUUGUUGGGGAGAUUUCAUUGAAGUAAUACACCUGAUGUUUCCUCAUCCUCGGUGAUCCAGGGUGUUAUAUCUCCAUGGUAUUGUAGUAUGUACCCUGGACCCAAGCACCGCCAUUGCUUCGUUUCAGAGGUGACAUUAACACUCCUAUUGAUAGCACAGGACUUUUCUCACUCAAAAGCCCAAGUGUAGAUCUCAACAAAAAAUAUCAGCCUCCUAUAUGAGCACAUUCUUGAUAUAUUUUGUCGAAAUCAGGAGACAUGAAUUAUUGUUUUGCUUGAGUAGUGGUUUACAUGAAAUAUAAGUCAAUUAAUGAUAAAAUUAAUUUAAUUAUUCUGUAUGUGAAUUGAUAAAAAUGUAGGCCUUCAGUUAAGCAAUCAAAUACUAAAUAUGAACUGAGAAGCAUGCUGGAAACGAAGCUCCAGUAACAAAUGGGCCAAGGGUAUUUAUUACAACAUGGAGAUAUUAUACCCUGGAUUAUCGAGGAUGGGAUUUCCUGUAUGGAUCAUGUUUGUGAGGGUAUUAAGUUGGAUGAAGGGUGGAUUAAUGGCUGGUUCCUUGAGGGAGCAUAUCAGCGUCGUCAUCGAUUACUCAGCUAGGUCAGAAUACAACAUGUAGAUGUGUUAAUAUAUUCAGUGUAAUAGUGGAGACAGUAGCACUUAAUUUCCUGUGGUCUGUAGGAAUGCAGAAGACACUUGUUGACAUGACGUACACAUGAUCUGUGCAUAAAAAAAUUAUUCGGCUGGCCUGAAAUUUUUCUUUGGCAUAAUGUUCAGUUGAUUUCCCACUUUGGGUAUGGACAGUGGCCUCUUCAUAAAGGGACAUUGGUUCAGUGCAAUACACAGGAAGUGCCACUCUCCUUGGAGGAUGGUUCAUUGGUUGUGGAUAGCUUCCAAGCCUUUGUUGACAUGAGUUAGUGUCGAUAAUUAUGUCCCGCGUCAAAUUGAUUUCGUAUCAUGGAGUCAAACUCUUAAGUCAUCAAGCAGAGGACAACUGAUUGGAUCGUCAUUUAUUAAACUUGAAAGUAAGCAGAAACUGUCCGUCUGUCCUGUCCGCACAUGAUAGAAAUUUGCCUUGCUCCAAGGCUGUACUGAAAGAUAAGUCCAUGGAUGUGUAGUAAUUCUAUCCUCCUAAGUCUAGAUAUGUGGACAGACUCCAGUCUCUUAUGGGGACAGCUUGUUAUUAUUUACAUAAUCUAGAAAUUAUGAUUUAAACCAAUCAUUAUUGCUUUAGAGACUUGUGCAAGUCUAAACACAAUUCCGAGCAGUGAUUUAUGAAUUCAAACAAGCAUGGACCUUAUUUAUAUAUUCUGAAAAUCUUUGUGAUCAAUUUCUGUCAUUCUCUGCUGAGCACAGAAACUAAAUGUGGGAGUGAUUGUCUGUGUUGACGAGUGUCGUCUUCUGCUCCAUGUACGGACCCGGGAAUGAGCUGUGUAGGUUAUGUUUCCGCGUGUGAUGUGUGUUUGCCGAGAUCUAGAACUCAUGUACAGUAGUGAGUGGUGAAUGAUUUCAAACAUUAACCAAGAGUUUGAUAAGCAAUAAAAAAUAAUGUCAAGAACAA